AUGGUGAAGCCUUCUCCUGAUCGUUCCGCUAUCGUUCGUCUGCACAAAGCCGGCCGCCCACCCGCCACGAUCGCUAAGCACCUCGGCAUCCACCGCAGCGUCGUGUAUCGCACACUCCAACGUUAUCGAGACCUAGGUGGACUCCAAGACCGCCGAAGAAGUGGAAGACCUCGUACUGCUCGCACGCCGAAGGUCGUCGAGGCCGUCAGAAAGCGGAUAGCAAGAAACGCGACUCGGAGCAUCUCGACGAUGGCUCGCGACAUGGGAAUCUCGCGGAAGUCAAUGGAAAGGGUCGUCCACGAAGACCUUAAGAUGUACCCCUACCAUACUCGGAAGGCUGCUAUCCUCAGCGCCUCGAAUCAGCAGGCGCGAGUCAAGAAGUGCCGACAGCUUUUGCUUCGGACGCGCAACAAGGGCCACCAUUCGAUCGUCUUUUCGGAUGAGAAGCUCUUCACCGUCGAGCAGCAGUUCAACGCUCAGAACGUCAGAGUGAUCGCAAGGAAUGCCGAGGAAGCCGACAAGAAGGGAAGAGUCGUUCACCGGGCCGCACACCCUGCCCAAGUCAUGGUUUGGGCAGGGGUGUGUGCCUCGGGGAAGACGCCGUUGAUAUUCGUCGACCCCGGCGUCAAAAUCAACAAAGAUUACUACCUGAAGACGAUUCUGGAAGAUGCUCUACUCCCGUGGGCGAAUUUCCACUUCAACGGCCGCCCGUGGACAUUCCAGCAAGAUUCGGCGCCCGCCCACAAGGCCAAGGUCGUCCAAGCGUGGUGCAAGAGCGAACUCCCCGACUUCAUCUCGGCAGAAAAGGGGGGUGGCGCAUCGUCACCGGAUUUGAACCCACUGGACUAUAACUUGUGGUCCUACCUUGAGAGCAAGGCCUGCGCCACACCCCACCCCAAUUUGGAUUCUCUGAAGGCAGCGCUCAUCCGAGAAUGGGACGAAAUCGACGACGCACUCCUGCGUCCGGUCAUCGACGCCUUUCCCAAGCGCUCCCGCUGUCAUCCGUGCCAAAGGUGGCCGAAUCGAGAAGUAACUUAUGAUUGUUAUUGUACCAGUUGUUACUUAAUAAAUGUUAUGUUCAUGACUCUUUUGCACUUUUCGCUUUCUGAGAUAUAA